AUGCUUCUUUGCAGUGAAUAUUACCGCAAUUUAUUACAACAGUUUGCGAAUCACUGUCAAACAUCAAACGGAGACAUCACCGAUCCGGAUUGGAUCGUUUAUCUGCCCAAGGAACAGAACGCCGAGCAGUCCUCGCAAAAAGACAAUCGAAAGCCGCGGAAGUCCGCACAGUUUAUACCAGGUGUACCGCACAUACGUGCUUCCGAAAUAUUCGAGAUUGGAUGUAUUGCAGGCACGGAAAACAAAUGUCUCGAAUUAGUUUCUGCAGAAUGGCACAAUACGAAAGUGACGCUGAAGAGACAUAUUUUGCCGACAUGUCGGGAUGCGAUAAAAGCAGACGUGGAAAUCCUCAGCGAAAUUCGGCAUCCUAACAUAUUGCUGCUAAUGGCUACAACGUAUACAAAUGAACACGGCCUCGUCUCCAUCUUCGAACCCAUCGACUGCUCUUUGUACAAUUACAUACACGAGCAAGGCGAACGAAUAAAUACACAAGGAAUCAUGCAAAUCGGCAUGAAACUAGCGGACGCGUUAAAAUACUGUCAUAUGCGAGGAUACAUUCACACAGCGAUUAGCUCGCACUGCGUGUAUUUUGCAUCUGGCACGACUGUCAAGCUUGGCGGAUGGGAACUGGCUAAAGAAAUGGAAAAAGUUUAUGUGGAACGCGAUUACGAAAGAUAUUUGCGAUUGGAAAACUUCAAAUGGCAAGCACCGGCGUUAUGUUACGGGCAACAUCCCAAUAAAAAAAUCGAUGUUUACUGCUUAAUGCUGUUACUCUGGGAAAUGUGUACAGGAAGUGUACCGUGGAGCGGAUACGAUCAACCAAAUGUAGAACGACAGCACGUGAUGCGAAAACGAGAUGUUAUUAUAAACUUACAGAAUGUUCCAUCGAUCCUUCAUAGCUUACUGGAAGCUGGAUUGCAUUCUGACGAGACGAAAAUAAUGUUGGACAUGGACAAAAUAGCAAGAAAACUUCAUAGGCUACUGAUGAUAUACGAGGAAGAAGAGAAGAAUGACACGUUUAUAAAUGUAAACGGAAAUAAUAAUGAUCUUUUGUAUAAUGACACAUUGUAUCAAAAGACUUCUCCUGUGUCACCUACACAAAAUAAGGUGUUGAUCAAAAAACCAUUCGCCGGACAAUCAUAUCAUCCUACGACGGAGAAAAAAUCUACGUCCAAUCAACUUCUCAAAUCUAAGAAGGAGCAAUGCAAUGAGGAUUCGGACUCCAAAAAUAAUAUCAAAAAGAUGGUUACAUCUGUAAUCAAUGAUAGUAUCGUGAGUCCCGUGAUUAAAGUAAAGAGUACCACUACUACCUCAUGCACUCGUUGUGCAGAAAUUUCAAACAUGGUGCAAGACCUCGAUGAGGGAAGUAAUGCACGAGCUAAUAUAAAACGAUUAAAAAAACUGAUAGCUAGUAGAAGGGAAGAUUUCUUCUUUGGGAGCGACUCGACGUCCUUUUCUUACUCAACUCCAAGUCCAAAAGCCACAAGCUCAUUAUUGUCGCAAGAAAAGAGUCCCGAUUAUGUACAAUGUAAACCAGCUAGUCAUACAACCGCUAUAGAACCUAAAUACAAUAAAUCACCCAGUGAAUAUGGUGGAGCCAUUUCAAAAUUAUUACAUACACCACGGCGAAAGGUACCAUACAUGGGCAUGCCUUCCAGCAUUAAACAUGCAAUAAUGCAACCUCAGGUUUUGCAUUCUGACGCCAGUAGCUUUUAUGAAUCAACAUUAUGGAGAAAAGAAAAAGAAAUUUGCUUAUCACGAAUGGCACACGAUACUAAAGACCACACUAAGGAUUUCUUACUGCCGCAACAAACAAUUUGUAAUACCAUUGAUGAUAUAAAUACCAUACCAUUUGUAAAAAAUGCUGAUACCACAUAUACAAUUGGGAUUACGGAGGAAGGUAAUUGUACUGAAGAUAACAAAGAAUCACCAAAAGACCUAAGUAGUGUGUCUACGAAGAUUUCAACUACCUCAAAUAAAUCCCUACAAAAUCUGAGGAAUGCCCUCGAUCGUGCCACAGAAAUAAUAUGCUCGACAACACCUAAAAUUUACAAUUCUAAGUUCGAUUUGAAUAAUAUACAAGAAUGCGAAACUGUAUUCGAGGAUUUAUAUGGAACGAAAUAUAAUGACAAAGAGAUCAAUGUUAUCGAAAGAUCGACAUCCGGCAACGAGAAUUUUCUGGGGAUGGAUGAAGUUGAAAGUACAAAAGCUAAUGACGAAACUACCGCAAGACACGAACAGAUCUUGAAUCAAGCUUUCAUAAAUAGCCAGACGCUCAGUUCCACGACUACAAAAACAUCAAUUGAAUCUGAAAUAUCAGCGCGCAGUCAACAGCCAAUAAACUCACAUGAAACGAAUCAAGAUAAGAUACCCUUUGCAAAUGGGAUUAUAUCAACUCCGCAAAAAAUUAGAGCAGAUGAAAGAGAAUAUGUUAAUGUACGUACUAUUUUGAACAGUGCUGUAAUGAAAGACUCACCAAGAAGGCGUUCUCUACCCGCAAGACUGAAUAAUUUGGCAAUGAUAUAUACCCCAAGGACUAUAUGUAAAAAGAACAUGCAAGGCAGCCAAUAUACAAUUGAGGAUAUGUACAUCGAUGAUGAAUUUGGAAGUAAAUUAAAUUACAAUCUAAUUCUCUUAAAUGAUAAUAUUGUAUUAAGCGACGAUGAAAGUCUACCUCAGACCACAGAACUGUAAACUGUAUUGAACUCAAAUGUUCAAUCGUUCACACCCUUGUGUAAAAAAAUGUUCUUUUUAAAUAAUUAUUUUUAUUUAUUCUA